AUGAGCGAAGCCUCUGUGGAGUUCAUCCGAAGGCUGGUCGGGUGUCAAGAGUUAUCGGAAUCGGAAAUUCACAUUGCGCUCACCGCGGCUGGAGCAGAUGAACUCGCGCCGGAUGGAAAUAGAAAACUAGCCCAGCUGGGCUUGGGAGCGGCCGGAUUCCUGAUUGAUUUCAGCGGUGCUUUGAUGGCGUUAUCUCGCGAAAUAGCAAAGCGUACUGGCAUUGACAUGCACCUGAGGUUCGAUCCUCGGCCUGGUGGACGCUCGUCCGGGGUUCUUGCCUUGGCUACAAGUGCGCUUAUUGGAGCAAUAUACCUCAGAACACAUUGCUUCAAAUCUGUGGCCAGGGGCCUUUAUGCUCUCGGUAUCCUGGAUAAGCACCGUGAUAAGCUCAACUUAAUGGAACUAUUCAAGGAUGAGCAGAGCGAUUCGCGGCCUAGUCCCUCGUUAGCGGGAAGCGGCCCUGCCCAAGAUGGCGACGUCGAUUUCUCGGGCCAAGGUCCUACCCCAUUCCCGGAGAUUUCACCGCUAUCAGAUUGGGGCGGGUUAUCCAACUUUGAGAGUUUUUACAACGAACAAGGGGGUCUCAAAGAAUUAUUUGCAGACGGACUCCCUUUCACAAGCCCACGUUCGCAGUCCCCCUUGUUCGUGGACUCAUGCCGACCGGUGGAGGCGAGACAGGUGCUCGAUGUCUCACAUCCUUUAGCGCAUCGAGAGAUACAUCUGGUAAAUCUCCAUGAGGUCGAAAACCUGUCUGAACAAUUUGAGCAUUAUGCUUUUCCUCAAAGUGUUGAUGUUGCUCAGACGGUUCGUGAUGAGGUAUGCCAGCCAGAUAGUUUCCUAGGCCAGGCCAUCAUUCAGCAGUGCCCAAGUCGCCACUCCCUAGCCAAGCGAAAGAACAACUGCAGGGGGGAAAUACAAAAGAGAAAGAAUAAGCGUGUUGGCGGCGAGUUCAGAUCAUCACUGUGUCAAGAAGCUGAAAUGGCUCUUGCUCAGGGGUUACCACCUCCAGAAGACACUUACUUCAGCCCCAAAAUUGAGGAAAAGCUGCUAAAUUUGGAUCAAGGAUUGUUUUGCAGUCUCUGCACUUUUUUGGUUCAUGUGGGUGGCUCUCAAUCACUUGUUGCUCUUCGGGAGGCUCUUGAAUACACAAGAAAAAUGGGGGACCAACUGCUCAGCGGCCACAGCCGACGAUGGGUAUCGCGUGAUCUCACCAAUAACGAACGCUUUGAAGUCAUCGGUGAAAUUCAAGCUAACGAGACUUUUCUUGAAAUAUUACGAUGGAAUCAUAUAUUGCAUCUGUAUCGGUGCAGCAGCGAAUCUGUUGAACACACCUCGAAAGCUGCGAUUAUCCGAGUAUCACAUACUGAGCCUAUCACCCAGACAAGAACAAGGGGCAAUCCGCGGAAGAUUGAAGUUUCAAUCGUAGUCAACAGAAUGAUGGGUAAUAUUUUUCCGGACCUGGAACCCGGCUCGUUAAUUUACCGAAGGAAGCGUCGAGAAGUUUUGGAAAUUCGAAAAUUUGGACAACGUCUACACAUAUUAGCAGCACACUUCGGAGAUGCUAUCGUCGGCCUACUUCAUUUCGAUCGCUCUGGUGAUGUGGACUGCCAAAUAAUUGUCAAGAAAAUUAUUCUUUCGCCGGUGGAUGAAGAAUUCGAAAAUUUUGUGAAAAUCCUCGAGGAAUCGCAGGGAAAUAUGCUUCGGGAGAUCAGCACGGCAGCAAAGCCAGCCUUUGAGUAUCUCCUUUAUGAGGAUAUGAGAUGGCAGAAUCUCUUUCCUUUGGAAAUGCUGGCCCCGGAGGAGAUCCUCAAGUUCCCAAAAGGCUCGCAGGAACUCCAACGUCUCUUUCAAUAG